AUGCUUAAAGGCAAUAAUAUAAGAAACUAGAUAGCAUUCGAGAUUAUUAGGCCAAUGAAUUUAAAUAAGUGUGUUAAUUAUAUAGGUUGGACGUUAAGUUAAUUGGAUCCUUUGUUUAUGAUUAAGACAAGGUUGAAUUUCAAGNUACUUUUAUAUGCAAAUUAUUACUUUAUUUAGCCUCCUAAUUAAUUGAGGUGUCAACACAGAAAAAAUAAUUUCUUUUUGUUAUUAUACAUCCCUCUCAGUGAUGAACUUAAAAUUUCCGAGUUGAGUGUUCCUUUCCUGAGUAGCCAAAUGAAGUUUUUAAAAGUUUUCUGUGUUUGGAAGUCCUGUAUCAAACAAGCUUCUGCAAUAAAAUGA